AUGGCUGAUGAUCUGGUCCUCAACCUGGCCCCUAUUGGGGACAGCUCAUUCGCUGCCAAGAAGGUCAAAUAUGUCGGAGGUUCUUGGAGAGAUCGCCGCCGUGCUCAGAAGAAGGACACUGCCCGCGAGAACGAGAGGACGGGCUCGACAUCGAAACCCCCACCCACCGACGGUGCCUCUGCUCAACAUUCCGCUGGUUUCUCCUCAGAUCGACCUCCGAAGCGACAAAGGACCGAUCAUGGGCCCACCAGCCGCCCGGGCGGCAACCACCACGACCCCUCUAAGCCGUUCCAAGUCACCUCCAAGCUCUUCACCUACAACCCGACGGCCAAGACCGUCUUCGAUGACGCCGCCCCGGCGAACGAGCCCGAGCCGGCGGCUCCUUCGAAUGCGCCUCUGUCCGAGGAGGCCUCCAAUUUCCAUGCGCUAGGCUUGUCGCGGAGGAUAGCCCAGCACCUGUCGUCGAAGCUCGAGAUGAAGGCGCCCACGUCGAUCCAGAAGAACACCAUACCGCAGCUCGUCGAGGGGGACGACGACGCUUUCCUGCAGGCGCAGACAGGUUCCGGAAAGACUCUGGCAUAUCUACUUCCAAUAGUGCAACGGAUCGUAGCCCUGAGCCGCAACGAUGAUGGGAGUACUACGGGUGCGAAUGUACACAGGAAUUCGGGCUUAUUUGCCAUUAUUCUUGCGCCGACUCGAGAGCUGUGCAAGCAGAUAUCUGUCGUGUUGGAAAAGCUACUGCGCUGCUGCCCAUGGAUCGUUAGCACCACCGUCAUGGGAGGCGAGAGCAAGCACUCGGAGAAGGCUCGUAUUCGCAAGGGCUGCAAUAUCCUCGUCGCCACGCCUGGCCGUCUGACAGAUCACCUGGAGAACACCAAGAUUCUCGAUGUUGGAACAGUUCGGUGGCUCAUACUUGACGAGGGUGAUAGGAUGAUGGAGAUGGGUUUCGAACAAGAUCUCAAACAGAUCGUGACAGCGAUCCGAGAGGAGCCACUGAAGGAGAAGAACAAGGAGGGCGUGUUGCUCACAAAGGCCAUGCCAAAGAGAAGGGUAACAGUCCUCUGUUCCGCAACGAUGAAGUCAAAUGUCAACAAGCUCGGCGAGAUCAGUCUGCAGGACGCUGUCCUCAUAACUGCCUCCAAUUCCAAGGACGACGCCGAAGAAAAUGCGAAGACAGAAGCGAUUUUCGCCGCACCGGCUCAGCUGAAGCAGACAUAUCUGGUUGUCCCAGCCAAACUGCGCUUGGUCACACUCAUCGCCUUCCUGAAGGACGCUUUCGCACGGAAAGGCUCUGUAAUGAAGGCAAUCGUCUUCAUAUCCUGCGCCGACUCGGUUGAUUUCCACUUCGACAUACUCAAGUCCACUACGUCAGCGCAACUGCCAGCGCAGACUUCACAGGGCAAACCAGAUCACACGGCCACAACUGUACAUCCUGCUGGCUACAUUACGUCCCCGGCCAACCCGACCGUCCUGCUUCACAAGCUCCACGGCUCUCUCAACCAGCAGAUGCGCACUUCGACGCUCCGCUCCUUCUCAACCUGCAAAGACCCUGCUGUGCUCAUCACAACCGACAUUUCCUCUCGAGGUCUCGACGUCCCUGCCGUGGAAUUAAUCAUCGAGUAUGACCCGGCCUUUGCCAUUGCGGACCAUGUCCAUCGUAUCGGGCGUACGGCUCGUGCAGGGCGGCCCGGAAAGGCCGCCUUGUUCCUGCUGCCCGGCUGCGAGGAAGGCUACAUCGGCAUGUUGCCUACCACGCCUCCGGCGGUAGCCCAGUCUUACGAGACUGUCCUUCAAAAGGGCUUUUCCACCUCAGUGGCGCUUCCUCCCGUCCCGGGCAAGGACGAGGAGGAGCAGGAACAGCAACAGCAACCACCACAGAAACAAUCCCCACACGCCAGGGCAGAGGCCCUACAGCUGCACCUCGAGCAGCGCAUCCUGGCGUCGGAGCCGCCCAAGCCAGCCCCGACCAAGGGCGGCAGGAAGCCAACGCCGGCGCCGAAACCGCAGCAGGGCUCCGGGGCGGCGAUCAUCGACUCGGCCCGGCAGGCGUUCAGGUCGCACGUGCGCGCCUACGCCACCCACGUCAAGGAGGAGCGGCACGUGUUCGACAUCCAGCAGCUGCACCUGGGCCACAUCGCCAAGAGCUACGGGCUGAGGGAGGCGCCGGGCGGCAUCGGAGGGGGCGUGCAGAAGCGCACGCACAAGAAGGGAGCCGGCGCGCAGCAGCAGCAGGCUGGCGGCAACGCUUCUGCUGGCUCUGGCGGCGGUGCUAAGAGGAAGGCCGACUUCAUGGACGAUGCGGACGGUGGUGACGUGGAUGCGGCGGCUGCCAAGAGGAAGAUGGAGGAGAUGCUUAGGAAGAUGAACGCGGCCAGCGAGUUCAAUAUUGCAUAG